GUAUCUAUAUCUAUCUUCAAAAUACAUACACAGUUAAAGUGCAUUCCAAAUUCUCAAGCUUUGAAUCAUCAAAAAACGUGCACCCAGGGUUUGAAAUUUGAUUUCCAAAGGUCAAAAUCAAACCAUAAUUUUUUGGCAAUUUUUUUGGUCAAUCUUUUACACAAGUAAAAAGAAUUCAAAGACGUGUGUUAAAUAUUUUCCACAAGGGUUGUUAUAUAUAUAGCUGAGGGUUGAGAUUUGUCAUAUUCAUCAUCAAUUCACAAGCAGAAAAAAAAAACACAAAGAAACCUUCAACUCCAUUGUUGUACAAGUUUAUACAAAAGCAGAGCAAGUGGUUGCAAAAAAUACUGAAUUCUUGAUUCAAGGGGGUAUAUAUUAACUGGUAUGGGUUUAUCCUUGUCAUUAUUAUCAUCAGCCUGGAAAAUAAUCUUGCAACAUGGCUUCUUAGAUCUACCUCAUGAUCUCAAUACCAUAGAGAAUCUAUCAAGAUCAGAUAGUUUCAAGAAACCCGAAUCCGAAACCGAAAUUAGCUCAAAAACAUCUGGUGAUUUGGAAGUUUCGAGUCCAACAGUUAGAAGAAGGAAUUCAAUUAGUUUAAACAAGUGUGAACCAUUAAGGAUAAUGCUUGAAACCAGUCUUUCUUUCAAGAACUUGGUCCAGGAGAUUAGAAAACCUGAACCCCAAACCAUGAACCCGAAUCUUGAAACGGGCCAAGUGGGGUCGACAAAUCUUCUUCCUGAGCCUGUUGUGUUCUUUUCACCUCGGCCCGUUAGUGAACUCAAUGUUGCGGCUACUACAGUUCAGAAAAUUUACAAGAGUUAUCGGACACGAAGAAAUUUAGCCGAUUGCGCGGUUGUUGUUGAAGAAUUAUGGUGGAAGGCUUUGGAUUUUGCGGCUUUGGAUCGAAGCUCGGUUUCGUUUUUCAACGUAGAGAAGCAUGAGACCGCGGUGUCCCGAUGGGCUAGGGCUCGAACCCGGGCCGCUAAGGUCGGAAAGGGCUUGUCAAAGAAUGAAAAGGCUCAAAAACUGGCCUUACAACAUUGGCUUGAAGCUAUUGACCCAAGACAUCGGUAUGGACACAACUUGCACAUGUAUUAUGACCUAUGGUUUGAAAGUGAAAGCAGCCAACCUUUUUUCUACUGGUUGGACGUCGGAGAUGGCAAAGAAGUAAACCUCGAAAAGUGUCCGAGGUCGAAUCUACAACGUCAAUGCAUCAAAUAUCUAGGACCCAACGAACGGGAAUCAUACGAAGUGAUUGUCGAAAACGGGAAGCUUGUUUUCCGGCAAAGCGGUUUGCCUUUGGAGACCAUUGAGGGUUCAAAAUGGAUCUUUGUUUUAAGCACCUCAAGGAACUUAUACGUUGGCCAGAAAAAGAAAGGCCUUUUUCAACAUUCAAGUUUUCUAGCCGGUGGCGCCACCACCGCGGCUGGACGACUAGUCGCCCAUGGCGGAGUUCUCGAGGCUAUAUGGCCGUAUAGUGGUCACUACCUCCCAACUGAAGAAAACUUUAGGGAAUUCAUUUGUUUCUUGGAAGAGAACCACGUUGAUCUCACAAACGUAAAGAGAUGUUCGGUUGACGAUGAUGACGUAAGUGUCGGCUUUUCGUUUAAGGUGGCUGAACCCGAAUCGAAGCCUAAACCGCUUGUUAUUCCACAUCCAAGACCGGUUGACAUUCUCCGUACACCUACUCAUACAAGCCUAAACCGCUUGGCUAGCCGUUUAUCAUGCAAGUGGACAUCGGGAACCGGUCCACGUAUCGGGUGUGUUCGCGAUUAUCCAGCCGAGCUACAAUUCCGAGCACUUGAACAGGUCAACUUAUCUCCUCGUGUCGUGCCUACAAACUAUGCGGCUUAUGGUCCGAUCCCGUCACCAAGACCUAGCCCAAAGGUUCGGCUCUCGCCUCGGCUUUCGUACAUGGGACUCCCAAGCCCGAGGACUCCUGUGGCUACAAGUAGCUAAGCUAAUCAAAUAAAGGAUGUUGAUUCUAUUCGUUAGUACACGUGACUUAUUGGUUCAUUUUUUUAAUAUGUUUGACAUGCAUUAUCUUGUUAUUAUACCCAAUUUUGAUGGCUGCUUUUUUCGGCAAUUGGGUUUUUUUUAAGCCGAUUAUUUCA